UGAGCUUCAGGGUAAGUAAAUAGCGGGGCCAGGAAAUGAACAUGAAGUCUCUCCUUGGCAUGUGUGGCCAAACUCGCACUGGUGUUAAGCAGAAACCCCUAGAGGGCACAGCUUUGGGGAGGGGAAAGCAAUUAUGGCAGGAGGACAUUUUAUUUUGUGGGGGGCAUGACGGGAAGAGAGGAUUAUGUGAGCGUAGCCUUGGAGAGGGCGAGGCAGCUGUAGUGCGUGUGUAUCUGAGGGGGGGCAUUUUGGAAAGCAGGAUCACUGGGAGUGGGACCGAGGAGGCACCGAGGUAGCAACUGGCAGGGAAAAAGAUACCAAUUGCUGCAGCUAAGCUGUUCCAGAAGUCUAGCCUGAGAUUUAUAUUUUCAACAAGGUUAAGGAGGCGAGAUGGCAGCUGAAUCCAUAAUCCGGAUCCCCCCGUACCAUUACAUCCAUGUCUUGGACCAGAACUCAAAUGUGACUCGAGUGGAAGUGGGACCCAAGACGUAUAUCCGCCAAGACAAUGAGAGGAUCGUGUUUGCCCCAGUGAAGAUGGUGAUGGUCCCCCCUCGCCAUUACUGCGUCAUCCUCAAUCCAGUGGUCCGAGGAGCAGAUGGUGCAGUAGAGCUCCAUGUCGGGGGGCAGGUGCGGCUUAGGCAUGCCGACCUAGAGAUCAGACUGACUCAGGAUCCUUUCCCUCUGUACCCAGGGGAAGAGCUACAGCAGGGUGUUACACCUCUGCAGGUUGUCCUGCCUAACACUGCCCUGCAUCUGAAAGCCCUCUUGGACUUUGAGGAUGACCAUGGCGGCAAAUACGUUGCUGGGGAUGAAUGGUUAUUUGAAGGGCCUGGCACCUACAUCCCACAAAAGGAGGUCGAAGUUGUGCAGACUAUCCAGGCCACCAUCAUUCGGCCCAACCAAGCCAUAAGACUUCAGGCACGGAAAGAGUGCAAGGACAGAGAGGGCAAUAAGCGCGUGACAGGUGAGGAAUGGCUGGUGAAGCGGGUUGGGGCUUACCUGCCAGGUGUGUUUGAGGAAGUAGUUGAUACUGUUGACGCCUAUGUCCUGACUGAAAAGAAAGCGCUGCACCUCCGGGCCUCAAAGACGUUCCGGGACUCCCAGGGUGUUACCCGGAAGACAGGAGAAGAGUGGCUGGUCACCAUGGCUGACACCGAGGCCCACAUCCCCGAUGUUUACGAGGAAGUCCUGGGUGUUGUCGAUAUCACCACCCUGAACAGCUGCCAGUACUGCGUGGUUUGUGACCCAGUUGGAGCAGAUGGCAAACCCCAGCUGGGACAGAAGAAGGUGAUCAAGGGGGAGAUAUCGUUCUUCCUGCAGCCUGGAGAGUGGCUGGAGCAGGGCAUCCAAGACGUUUACAUCCUUUCAGAAGAAGAGGGCCUCCUGCUCCGUGCCCUUCGCCCCUUGGAAGAAACAAAUGAGGACGGAGAGGAGGUUACGCACAAGCCGGGUGACCGUUGGCUGAUCCAUGGCCCCCUGGAGUAUGUGCCGCCGGCCGAGGUGGAAGUGCUGGAGCGGCGCCACUCCAUCCCGCUGGCUGAGAACGAGGGCAUCUAUGUGCGGGAUAUCAAGACGGGGAAGGUCCGGGCUGUAAUUGGCCACACUUACAUGCUGUCUCAGGAUGAGGAGCUGUGGGAGAAGGAGCUUCCGCCCCACGUGGAGGCCUUGUUGACUAUCGGAAGGGACGCUGUUGUUGAUCGUUCCAGGGAUACAUCUGAAAGGAGCAAUGGGGCAGCCCGUGACCGGACACGGGUUGUGACCUACCGUGUCCCCCACAAUGCCGCAGUGCAAGUGUACGACUACAAGGAGCGUAAGUCCAGGGUGGUCUUUGGGCCAGAACUUGUGCUUCUGGGUCCAGAUGAGCAGUUCACUGUGCUCAGCCUCUCGGGGGGCCGACCCAAGCGCCCCCAUGCCCGCCGCGCCCUCUGCCUCCUCCUGGGGCCGGAUUUCUGCACUGAUGUUGUCACCAUUGAAACGGCCGACCAUGCUCGCCUGCAGCUGCAGGUGGCUUACAACUGGCACUUUGAUCUCCCCUCUGCUGCUGAAGCUUCCCGCCUGUUUAGCGUCCCAGAUUUUGUCGGUGACGCCUGCAAGACCCUGGCCUCACGUAUCCGGGGAGCUGUGGCUGCCGUCACCUUCGACGACUUUCAUAAGAACUCGAACCGCCUGAUCUGUGCUGCCGUGUUUGGCUUUGAUGGGGAAGGGACCCUGCGCGGCUCCCUCCGCUUCGCCCCCAAUGGCCUCGUCAUCAGCAGCAUUGACAUCCAGAGUGUGGAGCCCGUGGACCAGAGGACGCGAGAUGCCCUCCAGAAAAGCGUCCAGCUGGCUAUUGAGAUCACCACCAACUCUCAGGAGGCAGCUGCCAAGCACGAAGCAGAGAGGCUGUCACAAGAGGCUCAGGGACGUCUUGAGCGGCAGAAAAUCCUUGACCAGGCCGAGGCCGAACGGGCCCGGAAGGAGCUGCUGGAGCUGGAAGCACUCAGCACAGCGGUCGAGAGCACCGGGGCGGCAAAGGCCGAGGCCCAGUCACGGGCAGAAGCUGCCCGGAUUGAAGGUGAAGGGGCAGUACUGCAGGCCAAGCUGAAGGCCGAAGCCAUGGCCAUAGAGACGGAGUCAGAACUGCAGCGCCUGAGCAAAGCGCAAGAGCAGGAGCUGCGCUUCUCCAAGACUAAGGCCGAGCUGGAUGUGGCUCAUGCGGAGGCUCUGGCUGCUGUUGAAGUGAAGAAAUUUGAGGCGGUGAUAAGUGCGCUGGGGGCCAGCACUAUCCGUGACAUUGCUGUGGCCGGCCCAGAGAUGCAGGCAAAACUACUCCAGGGCCUGGGCAUUCAAUCCACACUCAUCACAGAUGGUUCUUCCCCUAUCAACCUUUUUACAACUGCUGGAGGAUUGUUGGGGAUUUUGCCCAAGCCUUCUGAGACCUGAUAGAUGCUGGAGAUGGAUGCUUCCCUUCCGGAUGAGAGCUUUCUUUAAGUACCUUUGCAAACAUAGAAUGUAAUACCGUAAUUUUCCCAGGCCAUCGGAGCCUCCUUUUGAAUGUGCCUUUUUUUUUUUUUUUACAAGU